UAAUUCAUGUCAUUCACACGCGUUCAGAUAGAAUACGUCGCCUCUGCGUCGUGACGUGUGCGUCAUCUCCAUGACAACCGCCGAGGCUUCGCGUGACAACAACAACAACGACGACGACGACGAAACAUGGACGACGAUCAGAGCGCGGAAGAGACGGCGUUCGUCGUGGAUGAAGUGAGCAGCAUCGUGAAGGAGUCUCUGGAAGCAGUGAUCGGCAGAAACCCGUACGAGCACAAGCGUGUGAACCAGUGGGUGUCCAGCGUGGUGGAGCAGAGCCUCGGGCAGCUCAGCAAACUGAGCAAACCCUUCAAAUACAUCGUCACGUGUAUUAUAAUGCAGAAAAACGGUGCAGGACUGCAGUCGGCUUCGUCAUGUUUCUGGGACAAUACUACAGAUGGCAGCUGCUCGGUCCGAUGGGAAAACAAACACCUGUACUGCAUCGUCAGUGUGUUUGGACUCGCCAUCUAGAGUCACAUCAAACACACGCCGCUUCUUAUGAAACCUUCAGUAUUCCUGCAUUCAACUCUCCUGUUCAAUAAAAGCACAUGAAUUCACCUCUUAAAUCCGUCUGAAGAGUUUAUUCCACAUUCGCUCAGACGUCACAGCAGUGCGAGUGAAGGAGAGCUCCUCGUCUGGACUGAGCUCAUGUACACGUGGAAAGGCACAGUCAUCACACAGUGCUUCUGGGACACUUCAUAAAGCCCAGCGACACAUGGGACAGAUAAACCACUCAAUCAAACAAACACGAGUCAAUAGAAAUGCGUAAAACACAGCACCGCUCUAGAGUCCCGUCCUCACAGCUCAGUUCAGAAGAAACAACAGAGCUUCACAAAACACAAACAAGGUGCUUCGGUCCUCAGCGGGACCCUGGGCGUGAUUCAGACCCACAAAAUAUUCAUCAGACAUACACCAAAACAAGAGAGAAGCACAAUAAACCAGGAAUGUGAGAAAAGAAGGCUUCUUGAAAAACGAUACACGACGACAUCCAGUGAAGGCAAAGAAACACGAGGCUCAAUAUUCUCAUCCAGAAGCACACACACAUUCACAGCAGCUCCAGAAACAACUCAAACCAGCCAGAAAUCAACAGAAACACAUGCACAUAAGCAGCGUCCUCACACGUUAUUAACAGAGUCUGAUCGAUGAG